CAGUGCUUCAGUACCAAUUCGGACGUCAGAGUAAACGGUAAUCUUUCGGUAAAUAAAUAAAGUGAAAUUUUCUUUUAACUUUUGAAGGAGUUGAAAGUGAAAACUCUGUGUUGCACGCGUAAAUACAAUUCGUCGUAAAUUUAAAUAAAUGCAAAUAUUAAACACUGCAUUUUUGCUUGCAACAGUGGCGUGUAAAAUAAAAAUAUAUAAGCGUUGUGAAAACACGAGUUAAACUAUUUGUGCAGUUGCUGGUGUUCGACAAGUAAAUGUAGCGGCACAUAUUCGCUGCUGAAGUUUAGUUAAAUUUGGUUAAAUUAGCAGCAAUACAUACAUACUUUCAUACAAGUGCGAAAUUUAUGUUUUUUUCUUUAAAUCAAACUAUAAAAAGUAGUCGUCAACUAAAUAUCGAAAUAAGUUGUACGAGAAUUUCUUCGUGUAGUGGCGCACUUGUUUAGAAGUGCCAGCGCAAAGAGGCGUCAAGUCUUUCGCGUCGCUGCGCCUUUACGUUUCUUUCGCAGUCGCAGUGCGCUUGUGUGGGCGUCGUGUAUGUAGAUACGCGUGCAUGCGUGCGGCGCUUUGUGAUUUUCGCGCAUUUUCUCCUUUGCCAAACUGUUGAUUGUGAUUUGUCAUGAUUUUGUAUGUACAUUCGUGUCGCGUUUGAUACACUGGGAGGUGCGUUAGAAAUUUUCGUGUGUCACUGCUGUUAUUAUUUUCAAUUUAAACUCGGCCUAUUUGAGAUUUUGGUGGCUCGUUGGUAUUAUUUUUGCUUGAAUAUAGUGUGAUUUUUUACAACAAUAAAUGCGCAAGUCAUUCGAUGAAUUAAGUGAAUAAAGCAAAGUGAUAACAAAAGACGUAAGGAUUUGUAAUAUUUUAUUAUAUUUAAGUGUGGACCUCAGCAAAGGUGCUUGGCAUGACUGCUUGAAUAAAUGCUAAAAUGUUGAACCACAAAUGCGCCAGCCAAUUAUGUUAAACGCCAAUUUGAAGGCAGCGCGAAGAAACGCCCGCCACUGUUGAAGAGCGCAAAGGAAUUCGCGCCACGCAAGCGGAAAAAGGCAACGCAUACCAAUUAAAAUAUCAUUUAAUGAAAAACCUACAGAGAAACAGAACGCCAGCAUUUCAAGUAAACAAAUGCAAUGCAUACGCAAUAAGAGCUGACCAUUCAAGUGGCGGAAAAAAGUUAAUCGAGUGAUUGCAUCGGUCAGUAAUUAGCAAUCGGCGAUGGUGCGCACAAACACACACACACACAGGCACAUGCGCGCAUCAUUAUGUAAUAUGCAUAUAGAAUAAAUGUAUAAAACAUGAGAAAUGCGCAUAAAACCAAUUUGUUUGUGGCGAAUGUGAAAUAUUGAAAUGAAAAUAAAAUCAAACGCUCAACUGCAUAUGUAAGUGUGGCAGUGUGUGUAUGUACAAAAACAAAGCGGCAGUCACGUUGAAAUAAAUAAAAGCCAUUAAAAAAUUAUUAACAAAGUAAUUAAAAAGAGCACAGCUUGCGCGCGCGUGUGUCGGUAUAAUUGCGGCGGCCAUUUUGCCAUAAUUUAAUUAAAUACAAAUAAGGUGGCAACUCGAAAUUGUUUAUAAAGAGCGGCAGCCGUAGCAGCAGCAGCUGGAGUCAAAAAGCGCCACAACGCUUUGUAUUGCUGCUUGCAACAGAAUUUUGUCAACAAACCAACGGUCAGGCGCAUAGACACACGUCAACAAACACACACACAUACAAGGGCGCGCUUGUCCAACUAUGAAACUGCAUCCGACCACAAUGUCAACGCGCCGCCUGGGAUGUGCGCGCCAAAUGACAUGCGCCGCAGCGCUGCUCCUGUGUCGCGCGCUCGUAAUUAUCGCGCUCAGCGAGCGGCUGCUGGCGGUCGGCGCGGGCAGCGGGGGCGGUAGUGGCGGCAGCGGAGGCGCCGGCGGCAGCAUCGGCAAUAAUGUUGACUCCGAAGAUCCUGAAUUUACGGAUGUCAUUGAUAAUAUAACAGUGCCAGCGGGCCGAAAUGUCAAAUUGGCGUGUUCUGUUAAGAAUUUGGGCUCAUACAAGGUGGCGUGGAUGCAUUUCGAACAAUCGGCCAUAUUGACCGUUCACAAUCACGUGAUCACGCGUAAUCCCCGCAUUAGUGUCACACAUGACAAGCAUGACAAACAUCGAACAUGGUUCCUGCAUAUCAAUAACAUACAGGAGGAGGACAAGGGCCGCUAUAUGUGUCAAAUAAACACGGUGACGGCGAAGACACAAUACGGAUUUGUCAAAGUUGUUGUACCGCCAAACAUCGACGAUGCACUCACCUCCAGUGACGUCAUAGUGCGCGAAGGUGACAAUGUGACGCUGCGCUGCAAGGCGAAAGGUAGCCCGGAGCCAUCAAUUAGAUGGAGACGAGAUGACGGCAAUAAAAUUGUGAUCAACAAAACGAUGGAAGUGCUCGAAGUGGAUGGCGAAGCUUUGGAGCUAGAGCGCAUCUCCCGUCUGCACAUGGGCGCUUAUUUGUGCAUUGCCACCAACGGCGUGCCGCCCAGUGUCUCCAAGCGCAUUAAAGUCAGCGUUGAUUUUUCACCAAUGGUUUGGAUACCUCAUCAGCUGGUUGGCAUACCCAUGUACUUCAAUGUCACGCUAGAGUGUUUCAUCGAGGCAAAUCCCACUUCAUUGAAUUACUGGACCCGUGAGAAUGAUCAGAUGAUUACAGAGUCCGCAAAGUACAAAACUGAAACACUGCCGGGCAACCCCUCUUACAAGGCAACCAUGCGUCUCACCAUAACGAAUAUACAGAAGAGCGACUAUGGCAGCUACAAAUGUGUGGCGAAAAAUCCACGCGGUGAAAUGGAUGGCACCAUAAAGCUUUACAUGUCCAGUCCGCCAACAACGCUGCCACCGCCGACCACAACCACAACGCGUCGCACCACAAUAGCGCCAGCCUGGGGCAGUUUCAGCACGCCAAUUUAUGGCAUGAUGCCAACCAAUUCAGUGAUUGUCAUCGAUAAAAUGGGCACAAAGUACCAAUCAAAUCUGAAUGAGAUUGGUAAAUCCGAACAAAAGCUAACCGGUGAGAAUCCAAAAGGCUAUGACUGGUCAAAGGAUAAAAGUGCGGCAACAAGAAUGCAAUUGUGGCUGCCACAUACUGCAUGUGGCAACAGCAAUAAGCUAACGUACACACAACGAAUAUGUUGCAAUUAUGCAAUGCUAAUUGCAUUGCUCGGCAUGCUGCUGACGACGUGGCUGCAGAUGGCAAUGAUCGGAACAACAACAAAAACAAUAAUGACGGCAACAACAACUACAAAAGAAGCCGUAGUAGCUGGCACUGUAGAUGUAGCAAGUGCAACUGCAGCCGACAGUGCAACGAACAGCAAAGCUGUAAGCGCAUCAACAACAGCAAUAACAACGGAAACGCCAACAGCAACAGCAACAACAACACCAGCAACAGUGGUAUUAAGUGCAGUAGAUUGCAAAACAAUACGAAAAGAGUUCACCACAAAUGAGCACACACCACUACACAUGCACAAUGAAACGCGUAGCAUAAGCAUAGCAUAUAAGCAGGCGUAAGAGCUCAUUCUUCGAUUGCAAGUGGCGAAAAAUCAAAUUUCUGUAUCAACACUAGCAAACCAAUAAACAAAAGCACUAACAGCAUACACACAUACAUACAAACACUCAUUACCCCAUUAAACAGCAGCUUUUCUCGUAAAUUUUGGUGUUUAUAGGCGUUUUAGCACGCACGAAAUCCAAAAGAAAAACGAAAAGUUCUUGUGUUACGUAAAAAGUUAACUAAUUUUUGUUUAUUUCAAUUUUAUAUAUUUUCUAAAUUUUACGCAUUUAUUAUAUGCUUUUUCAAAAGCAUAUUUUUCACUUUUUCUUUAACCUUUUCAUUGUUUUAUUGCAGUCUUUCACAUUUCUCUUAUUGUUUCCCUUCACUUUUAUAUCUAACGACAGCCUAGAAUCUACAAUUAUCCAUUUAUUAUUUCGGUUUUUUUUUUCUCUUUCAUCACUUUUCUUAUUUUUCCUACUUAACUCAUACUUACUCCCAAUAACACUCACAACUUAGCAGUCUAUCAUAGUAAGACACCACUCACAGCAACAAAUUUCAAUGCCAAAAGACAAAAUGUGCCAAUUGUUUCUUAUAACAAAAACAACAACAUAAACGAAUUAUGCUAAAAAAAAUGUGUAAAUAUUAUACAAGUACGAUGAUACUCAAUAUAUGUUUAUGUAAUAUACUAAACUCUAAAAACUAUAUAUACUAUACUAAUGAAUACAUAAACAAUUAAAUAAUAAAUAAAUGAAUAAAUAAACAAAAAACAACUAAAAAGCAUAAAGCAAAAAUGUAAAAAAUACAGUUAAUCACGCAUUAAUGCACACGCAUGCAUUUAGAAAACUUAGUUUAAGCAGCAACCGAAGCACUGCAGCAAAGGCAAUGCUUGAGGGUAGACAUUAAUAUAACAACAAAAAAGAAAAAUGAAAGUAAAGAGUGGGCUCAAGGUUUUCUGCCUUAUUUUGAAAAAAUCUCACAAUUAAAUAAAUUAAUAUUUAGUGUAUUUCUUUUUUAGUUUAAAAUCAAAAAUUUCUCAAAGGACACACCUAACUCUUUUUGAUGGUAUAAUACGAUGGUCGUAAUAAGAGAAAAAGAAAAUUUUUGUUAUCAAAAAUCGAUUCAUUAUUAUUAUUUCUUUAAUAAUUAAGAUCCAGAAACUUUUGCAUGCCCUUGAAUUAAAUGUCGAAACAAUUUUGCCACUCAGAUUGUGGUAUCUCCGAAACAUUCCGAAAAUCGCUGACCUUAAUUUUUACGUAAGGAAAUUAAAGAGUUAAAUUCAACACCAGUCACGAUAUCGUAGAGGGUUUUAAAGCACAUCCAUCCUAUGGUUUUAACAAUAUACUCAACCAAUGAAUACGAGCCUUUUUUGAGCGAUUGACAAAUGCAUGGGAUCCAACUUGGGCAAUUUCUUCGUACUCAAAUGUUCAUCUAAUAUUAAAUGUGCCCCACAAAUGCCUAUAGCUCUCUCAAUCUAGCGAUAAUUCACAUGAUGAUCUGUAAUACCAAUUUGCGUAUACCAACAAAAGCUUCCGGAACAACAACUGAUUUUGGCGGACUUUCACGAAAUUCGUCUAACAGUGAUAUAUAACUUCUGCCCAAGAUCCAUCGCAAGGAAUUUUGUGAUCCUUUGCACUCAGUAAAGUUAGCCUCUCCCUAGUUUUGGGGCUUUUAACGGACCAUUGUCGUAUUGGUGUCCACGCAGUAAGGCUGGGAAUUUUCAGACGCCAUCUGCGGAAUCUGAAUGGAAGAAGUUGAGGUGGAAACAACCUAAUACUUCCUUCUUGACUGUCCUGCGUCUGAGAGGUCAAUAAUUAAGCACUUGGGAGCUAUUAUUUUCUAUGGCCUCACAAUUGACUACAUAUAGUAGUCCAUGUACGAUCUUUGACCAUCUAACCUCAACUAACCUAUAUAACCCCGAUGGGUCAAGAGGACUCCAUCAAAAAUACCAUAUUAAUAAAUACCUAUUUUAGUUUCCAUUGCCUGGUCAGGAGUGUGCAUUUUGAUUAAUUUUGUAUUAAGGGCUGGGACUAAAUUGCGCUAAUUCAGUGAACCAUAACUUUAAAUUUAGAGCUAACUCAAUUUCCGAUUUCUUGUUUAAGUACAUGUAAUGUGCUUUAGAAAUUGUCAGAGUUAUUGAGUUUAUUUCAAUUCACAUUUUAAAUAUGCACACACCGAUAUCAACAACAUAUCGUCACCUAAAAUGCAAAAUAACAUACCAUCACUUUUCAUAAGUUUACAGGCGAAGGAAAAGCGAUUUAAUAGAAACUAUUUACAGUGAAACAAAAUUUGUGGUUUGGUUAUAAAAUGGAUAUAUAUUGGUUACCAUACACUCAUAUUGGUUAUAAAAUGGUUAUACAUAGGUUAUGAUAUCGGGCAGCGAUUUUCGAUUUUUAUUUUGUUGAUGAUAUGUUGUUUUGCAUUUUAGGUGUCGAUAUAGUACAUACAACAACUUUUAAUGCUUUCUAAAAGUAGAAAGCCUUAAACAAAGCUUCACGCAUGGUUGUGUGUCUGAAGAGAACAGGCUGCUUUUUGCAUAUGUAAAACAGGAAAUAUAAGUUAGACUUAAAACAAAAACAAUAUAGUCUUAAAAAUAAAAAAAUAUAAUCAAAUAGGAAAUUAAAAAUAAU